UUUGUAUAUACGGUAGUGAUGACUGAAUCAUUGAAUAGUGCAAAAUAACUAGAUAAAAACUCAAGAAACAAGCGAAAGGAAAAUCAACAUUUAUCAAUACUCAAUUUUAUUCGUAGUUAAAGGUAGGCUACAAUGAAUAUAAUUUUAUAAUUUUUGCAUUUGUCAAAUAUAUGAAAUAUUGGAAUUUCAAGUGUAAACAUUAAUUAUUGACGUAUCGAACUAGAAUUGCUGUAAUAGAGUGAACGAUGUCAGAACCAAAGUUUCGUGUGGGUCAAAAGGUGGAGGUUGCUGGCAAAAAUAUACGCGGUGAAAUAGCCUACAUUGGGAUGACAACAUUUGCCACUGGCAAAUGGGCUGGUGUAGUGCUAAAUGAGCCAAAAGGCAAAAAUAAUGGAACAAUUCAAGGAACUUCAUAUUUCACGUGUGCUGAAAAUCAUGGAAUGUUCGUGCGACCCACGCAACUAGUUCUACUCGAUGAAGCUGGAAACCCUGUCCAAGAUCCAGCUGAAGAAAAGCCACAACGAUCACGCUUGAGCAGUGCAAGUACCGUUCGUUCGGCGGCAAGUACGCGUCUGACAACUAUAAGAAGAAAAUCGCCGAUCAAAACGCUACAAUCCAAGUCGAAAAAUACGGACGAUGCUGCAUCAUUGGCAUCGAACUCAAGCUCUCGACUCUCCUUGGCUGGAAGUCGUCAAUCCUUGAGUGGAUCACGCACUCAAUUGUCCACUCCCAGUGAACGAACAACGCCGUCACAAAGCACAACGGAUCUCACGAAGAAGCCGGAACGUCGCAACAUGAACUCUCCACCAGAUGCAUUAGCAGCACCAGCAGGAGGGCCACCUUCAAAGCGCGAAUCAUUUGUCGAAACUGGAUUCUUGGAAACACUAAAGCCGCAAUUCACUCCAGGCCAGCCAAUCACAUCACCUGCUCUGACUGCACAGCAUUCGGUUGAAGAGAAAAUUAAUCUACUUCAGCUUCAACAGGAAAAUGACGAUUUACGCAAUCAAAUUCGUGACUUGACCGAAAAAUUUGAAACUUUGAAACAAAGACGCAACGAAGACAAGGAGCGUUUCCGUGAAUUUGACAAAAUGAAAACGCAAUUUGAACAAAUGGCAGAAUUUAAAGUGCAAAUAAUGCAAGCACAAACUCAACUGCAACGUGACCUACAGAGAGCACGCCAGGAAACGAAAGAUGCUAUCGAUGAGAAGAAUCGUCAUGCCGACGAAAUGUCUGAAUUAUCGGAAAAUGUUGAAAUGAUCACAUUGGAUAAGGAAAUGGCUGAAGAGAAAGCGGAUUUCUUGAAUCAAGAACUCGAAGCAGCUAAAGAGCGAAUUGAAGAAUUAACGCUAGAUUUACAAAUCAUGAAAGCGGAAAUGGAAAAUAAAUUAGGAGCCACCGAUCCAAUUGGUGACUCGGCUGCAAUCACUGUCGGAGGUGACAAAUCGUUUGAAGUUAAACAGUUGACACAGCAAAAUGAGCGGCUUCGCGAAACAUUGGUUCGAUUGAGAGAUCUAUCGGCACAUGAUAAACAUGUAAUCCAGAAAAUUACCAAGGAAUUGGAAACAAAAACAUCCGAAGUCAAUGAGUUGCAGCAAACAAAAGAGAAGCUGUCGAUUAAGAUCGAUGAAUUGGAAACACAAUUGAUCGAUUUACAUGAACAAGUUGACGCUGCUCUCGGUGCCGACGAAAUGGUGGAACAGCUGGCUGAAAAGAAAAUGGAACUGGAUGAUAAGGUGAAAUUGCUGGAAGAGGAAAUUCGCGAGCUUGAAGCCUUGGAAGAAGUGCAUGAACAAUUGGUGGAAAGUAAUCACGAACUAGAGAUGGAUUUGCGAGAGGAACUAGACAUGGCACAAGCUGCUCGACGCGAGAUGCAACGCGAAAAAGAUGCAGCAAUCGAAACGAUUGUGGAUCGGGACCAAACGAUUUUGAAAUUCCGUGAGCUUGUGCACAAAUUGAACGAACAAAUGACCGAAUUGAGGGAUCGUGCCUCGAAUGCACAAGACAGUAAAUCCGAUACGAGCAAGAGUAAUGCCAACCAGAUUGUCGAAGCAAUCGAUUUCAAACAGAUGUUUGCCGAAUCAAAGGCCUACACACGUGCUAUCGAUUUGCAACUACGUCAAAUCGAAUUGAGCCAGGCAACUGAACAUGUUCGGCUCUUAGUGUCAUUCAUGCCAGGCACAUUCAUGAGCCGUGGCGGUGAUUACGAUGCCAUUCAGAUUAAUUUGCUCGUUUCGCGUAUUGUGGCCAAAACAGAUAUAAUCAUUGGACAGGCUCGUGAACGCUUCCCAGCUGUGGGCACAAUCGAGCGCAACGCUGUCGUUCAGGGACAUACUGUUCAACAAUUUGCCUUUAAAUCGCGUCUUCUUCAUCAUAUUCAUAAUCUAAAAUGUGUUAUGCAUCAAUUUUUGUAUGGUUUGAAUGCAUGCACACCAGAACUCCUAUUGAAGACGGGUCAAUCUUUGCCUGAAAUGCAAGCUCAGGAGAAAGUCAUCGAUGGUAUUGUCGAAUUGCUAAAAGCCAAUCAACUGGAUGAAAAUUCAUCGACCGAUAACCUCGAAAAAGCCGUAUUAUUCUUUAAUGCCAUCUACUCGGUGCUACUCGGUGUUGACGAUACCUUGCUUAAUGAAACUCAGUUGGUUCGGGACACUGUUUCUUCGAUACAAUCGGCAUGCGACUCGAUUAGCACCGAUAGUGCAAUGAUUCAAUCGGUGAUCAAAGGUGGCGAUGAAACAUCCGAAUCUGGCCUUCUGCUUCAGUACGCAUUAGAAAAGGCUGAGUCGAUUCGACAGCAAUUGAAAUUAGUCAAACGUCGUUUGCCUCAAGAUUCAUCCAUUAUCCGUUGUGGACUGUCUGACAAAACCAUUGCAACGCUUCGUCAAACUAACGAACAACUUGGCAAGGCAAUGAACACUCUCUUCAACGCUUCGAAAUCCAUUUUGCAUACGAUUUCAGUGAAUGCUGCCGAGGCAACCGAAGAUAUCACAACGGUUACAGUGCCUAAUAGUAAAAUUUUGGAUUUGUUGGCCAUUGCAUGUGAAAAAGUGUACGAACAAGAUGAUCGUGGUCCAUCGCAAAAUUUGAAAACCGCUCUCUCGACAACAAACACCGAUAUCGCACAGUUGGCUCAGUACUUACUCGACAACGAAUACGAAAUAUUGUCGGUCACCUCAGCAGCCAAACAAGAGAAACCACAGCCGCCAAUCACUUUGCGUGCACAAUUUGUGAAAAAGCAAAUGGAAGAAACGAAAGCACUCAAAGCCACGGUCGAGAAUCGAGAGGCAGACAUACGUCAACUCAAAGUCGAUUCGAAAUUGAAGGUGCAAGAGUUGUCGGAGAUGCAAUAUCGCAAAGAUUUGGCCGAGAAGAAAGUGUCGGUCAUACAACAAGAAUUCGAAAAGACUACUGAAAAACUACAACGCCAACGCGACGAAGUGGCUGAACAGCUCAAAAAGAAAGAGAAAGAAUACGAGGAUGCUAUGAAUCAUCUGCAGAAGGAUAUCGAUUCAUUGGAAUCUGAACGUCAUCACCUGCGCGAAAACCUAAAAGCACAUAGCGUGAAGAAGGGUGAUGUCAAACAACCAAUCACUUUCGAUACGGCAGCUUCAACUCCAUUUGUAGCCCAAGAGCUCACCAUUCUAAAGAAAGCAUUGCAUGAUGAACGUGCCGAACGUAUUAGAAUUCAAGCAGCUGAAAUGGAGAGGAUUCUGAAGAAUUUGACGCCGAUUCAUGUUCCAAAACCCAAAGACAAUCGAAUCAGCGAAUUGGAAAAAGAUUUGAUGAAAGUGAAACACGAUUACAUUAUUUCGUUGGCAAAGGGUUCUGAGAUCCCACAAGCAAAUUCAUCCCGUACAAACAUUUCGAAGUUGUUGCAUGAUCACCAGAACAAACAGCGUCAGAUCAGAGAAGAAAUUAAAGCACGUGUUGAGCAUUUGACAUCAGAGGUAGUGCACGAGUAUCUACAACGGAAGCCGCACCGAGCUGUCAAAGGAGAUUUCGCUAUAUUCCCCUCCAAUGAAUUAACACGGGCACUUAAAGCCUAAUUUGAUAUCAUUUGAUGACAGCAGAUGGUGAAAGGAAAACAAGCGAAAUUCCAGCAACCGUUUCAGCUCAUUAUCGAUGUUGCAUGUUCUGAACGCACGAAGAGAUAUUGUGAAGGAAAAAGACACAUCUAGAUUUAAAAUCGUAUCCAUUUCACAAGUUAUUGUUUAUUUAUCAGUCGGAAUUCCUAAAUUUCAUGCAUAGAUAAAUUAUUUCAAAAUUACACUACUAGCUUUUAAUAUCUUUGAGAAUAUAAACAUACAAUACUAAUAAAUUCAUUGAAAUUAUCGAUAAUUA